AUGAAGGAGCUGAUUGGGAGGCCUGGGUCGGUGAGUGGGUUAUUGCUCAGGAUAGGCCAAUUUUCAUGCGCUUCUAUUGCCAUUUCAGUCAUGGUCACCACUGCCGGCUUCGCUACCUUCACUGCUUUCUGGUAUUUGCUAUUUGAUUGCAUCAAUGGGGCUUCAACUGCUAUGGAGCUUGGGGCUUGCUUGUCUUGA